AUGGACACACGGGACGUAAACACGCGGACGAUUACAAUUAGGUUAUCGAAAGGAGAUGGAAGAAUAGGAGUUGAAGAAGAGGAAGAGAAGAUAACGGUCUAUAGAAGAGAACUGUUUGGUUGUGGCCUUUGGUUAGUUAUGACGAUGUGGGCUGGUUGGUUGUUGACGUGGGAGGAAUUCUGGCAAUGCGAGCGGGCGAGCAACCAAAGGCAAAAGAGAAAGACCACAACACUCAAACAGCAGCCAACUCGCCUGUCCAGCGGGCAAGGUCUCAGAAUCAAACACGGUGCAUUUAAAUAA